AUGUCUAAAAAGCAGAUAUUCUAUUCCGAUAAAUAUACGGACGACGAUUUUGAGUACAGACAUGUGGUCCUUCCAAAGCAGCUGGCCAAACUUGUGCCCACAUCCCACCUGAUGGCAGAAGAUGAAUGGAGGGGUCUGGGAGUGCAGCAGAGCCAGGGCUGGAUGCACUACAUGGUGCACAAACCCGAGCCACACAUACUGCUUUUUCGGAGACCCAUCCCAAAGGACUUAAAGGAUUGA